AUGCUCCACGAAAUCCUCCUCGCCCUCUCCGGGCACCCCUCCCCUCUGCUCCGAACCGAAGCUUCAGACCCCGAUGCGCUACCAUCGCCCGCCAUCUCACCACCGGAACGCGAGCUCCUAGCCACCGUCGCACACCUGAGUGACUUGCACGUCAAAUUGCAGAGCUACACAGCGCCCAUUGCCGCCGAGCAUCCGUCAACGAUAUGCCGCGCCGUCGCGACAGCCGUGCAGUCUGUCCACCUAGCUGCCUUCCAGCGCAAGGUGCUCGAGGUCGAGGAGACCGUUCUGAGGAAAGAUUCGAGUCUGGUGGGCGCGUACAAUAUUGUACCUUUGACGGCAGUCGUGGGCGAGUUUUCGGAGUGGACGCGGCGGAUGGAAUGGCUCUGGGAGAUUGUGCAAUUCAUGCUGCGGAAGCAGCAAGGGCAGACAUGUCGCGGCGCGCAGCUUAUUGAUCGGUUGCGGAGCGAGCUGCAGAGUGGUUACGUGGAUAUCGAGAGGACGGCCAUGAGUCUGGUCUCCGUGGCGGAGACGGCGUGGUUGAAGCAGGUUUCUGCUUGGAUCCUCUACGGCCGGCUGCCUACCUUUGGCGGAGAGGAUUUCUUCGUGCAUAAGGCGGAGAGCGGCGAUCACGACUAUGUCUCAGUGCCGACGUUAUUGCCGAACUUUGUCACGCCAAAGACUGCGUCUUCGAUGGUCUUCAUUGGGAGGUCAUUAAACCAUGUCCGUGUGAAGAGCAGCGUCGAGUCGGGCCUCCAGGGGCUAGACCACCUUUCGUCGCAACUGAAGGAGCUGUCCGCGUUGACAUAUCCGCUGAACACAGCGAGUUUCUCGCGGGCAAUCACCGCCAUUCGCCUCACGCUCUCACGUACAGUGCUACUGAAGUUAUUGCCGCUCACGAAAGUCGUGGAGGCACUGCAAGUUUUGCGCGAGUUCUUUCUCUUGGGUCGGGGUGAAUUCGCCAUGGCCUUGACACACCAGGCUGACGAGAAGCUACGAAGCCGCUGGAAGAGGGCAGAUAAUCUCGCCUAUGAAAAGCGCGAGGGUGUCGGCCAGUUUGCGGUCAAGGAAGGCGAGGUCGCAGCCGUGCUGGCCAAGACGUGGGGAGAGAUGGGCUUGAUGCAGGGGCAGCAUGCGGACGAAGAUGAGGGUCUCGAGAUUGGGAGACAAUUACUGCGCUUGAAUCUGACCAAGUCCAAGCCUGCGGUGCCCCUCAAGCUUGAAGCCAGCACAUCGCAACCAACAACGAAAACGUUGGCCACGACCCCUUUCCGCAAUCUUCUGCUGUCUGUUCCCGUCAUCCUGACGAUGCAGAUACCUUCACCGCUGGACAUGUUUCUCACCUCAUCCGAUCUCCAGAUCUACUCCACAAUCAACUCCUACCUCCUCUCCAUCCGCAGGGCACAUAUUCGCCUUACCGAGCUGUGGAAGAUUACAUCCUUACGCCGGCAUCACCCGGCACCCCCUGGCCCCCCAGCCGGAAGCACGCGAGCAGGUCGAUCAAAAGUGGUGCUUCUCCGCCAACGCUACACUACACGAUCGAAUGCGCUGCGCAGCGCCUGGGUCACUUGCAGCUCGGCCCUCUUCUUCCUUUCCGAGACGGAAGCGUAUUUGCAGACGGAAAUCGUCGCAGGUCUAUGGGAAGGCUUUCAAGAGUGGCUUACCUCGAGCGAAAAGAAGCCCGAAACCAAACCCAACUCCACGUCACCCUCGAAAGCACCCUCGGCAGCGGUUUCAGAGGAUGAGGAUGAUGAUAUCUGGCUCGCGCAGAGCACGUCCAACCUCAACCUCGGCCCUAAAACACCUGAGCCGACUCCGACCCAUGACCCCCAGUCCCUCGCGACAGCACACCGAGCGUAUCUACGCGCACUCUCGACUCGUCUCCUGCUCACAUUUCCCUCUUAUACAGACCCUCUGUACAACUUGUUGACGCAUACUGAUCACCUCGUCGCGCUGACAACGCGUCUCCACGCCGUCUGGACCUCGAUGGACCUGGAGGCCGACGCCGGAGUCGUAGAUGCGUUCGUCGACCUCGAGAUUGAGGAGAAGGACGUGCGCGCCGCGAUACGGGAUGUGGAAAAACACGUCAAGGAUGGUAUCCGCGAGGUCAUAGCCUCUUUGAGGUCCCUCGAGGCGGACCCCGCCGCGUUUGCGGACGAGGAGGAAGGCGGCGAGGAGGGUGUCCUUAGGGAAGAGGGCGAGUACAUUCCUCGGCGGGUCGGUGGCGUGGAGAGACUGCUCAUGAAGCUUGACCUCGGGGGCUGGUUCGGGGACAAGAAGGACGAAUUCUUCGUCUUUGGCGAGUACUGA